GAGGUGCAUCAGUUACUCGCCAGACUGUCUUUUGUGUGGAAGGGUGUGUCGGCUGAUUAUUGAGUUAACCUUUUUCAUUUUUUAUGAUCUUAGUUGUUGUCUUUCUUUGUUUAGCAUAUUGUAAUUCCCUUACCUAUCCUAUCUGCUCGACUGCUUGAAAGUUCUGGUAUCAUUAAAAUGUCAAAAAAUCCCGAAGUGGUAGAGCACAAAGAACGGAAUCAAAUCGUACACAUUCGUGGCGAUUCUGAUUCCGAAUUACAAGCCUUGUUUGACAGCGUACUGAAGCCUGAUGCCCACAGACCAUUGCAGCUGCCAUUUCGGUUGCGAAAUCUGCCAGAUUCUUUCUUCAAACCACCUCCAACUGGAUCUAAGUCUCCUUCUGUGGCAUCUAAUUCACACAGCAGAGAAAACAGCACAGAUUCUGGGCAUUUUGCUUUGAACCCUUCACCAUCAGCCAAUAUUCACCAUUCGAGAGCACACAGCUCUCCAGCCUCACUCCAACAGACUUUGGCAGCUGGUCAACAACGACCAGUACAUCAGCACUUAAAGCAACAGAGUUGUGACUUAACUCUCGAUCACUUCCCACUUCCUGAAGGAUGGGAACAAGCCAAGACACCUCAAGGACAAGUCUACUUUUUAAAUCACCUGACUCAAACAACAACAUGGGAGGAUCCACGGAAAAAAUUACUGCAGCAACAGAUUCAGCCGUUGUCACCGGCUCCUCCACCAAACAUGGUAGCUCCACCUUUACUCAGUGCCGUUACGGCGCCAGUUGCCGGAAGUAAUGCAGCGGCUGUCUUGGCGGCAUCUCAGCAAGCUUUAACCCAAGCUUUGGGUCCUCUACCGGAUGGAUGGGAACAAGCUGUUACUCCGGAAGGAGAACUCUAUUUCAUUGAUCAUCACACGAGAAAGACUUCGUGGUUUGAUCCUCGCCUUCCUAUUCACAUGCAGAAACCACCCAUGGUACACGCCGCUGGAACACAGAGCGCCGCCGCCUUACAGCAACAACAACAGAUUACUCAGCAGCCAGCUGCUUCAGGAACUUCACAGCAAACUUUGACGCCUGCCCAGGCUGCCCAGCAACAGUUGCGAUUGCAAAGACUUCAGCAAGAGCAGGAUCGUUUAAGACAGAGACAACAGGAAAUUAUAGCCAUGAUGGAACGAGAAACUCGCGUCCGUCAGCAAGAAAACAGCACCGGUUCCCAACAGCAACCGGAGUUCGCCAUGAGACGGAAUCCUCUUCAUACGCAAUCGAGUAGCAACAGUGCAGCGGCCAACGAGCUUAGCUCCAACACGGUGGAUCCUUUUCUUAGUGCAGCGUCGGCUGCUGCUACCGUCGCCGUUCCCCAUACUUGCGUCAAUGGAACAGGAAACGGAGCGGCCACAAAUAUCCCUCAGUCUUCGACAGCUCCACCUUCGUCAUUGGCUACCGACUUUCAUGCUCGUCAAGAGUCGGCCGACUCUGGUUUGGGUAUGGGUGGCAGUUAUAGCUUACCUCACACACCCGAGGAUUUCCUCGCCUCUAUGGAUGACACAAUGGACACUACGCUUGAUUGUCCUGCUUCUGUUGGCACUGUCGAUAUGAACGACAUGAACGACAUGAAUGGAGGAUUAGAGGCUGGCGAUCUACCUGCUCAUAUGGACACUACUGACGAUCUCGUACCUACUUUGGAUUUGGGAGAAGAGUUAUCGACGGACAUCCUGAAUGACGUUCUUUUGAAUUCAAACAAAGUCGACAACGUCCUUACUUGGCUCUGAAACAGCUCGUCUUGGUUGAAUCCCAAAUUUAUAAAUAUCUUCUAUGGAAUGCCAAUAUCGUCGAUGGUUUUCUUCAACACGUCUUGAAGUUUACGCAUCUAUUGGUUUGACAUUGGGCGUGAUCAACUAACUUUUACAUUUUGGCCUUAACCUUUAGUAUGGGAUUCAUCUUAACGAAUAUUCAGAAAUUGGCAAUUAUUUUGAAUAUGUAGAGCUAACGACUAGCGGUAGAGUUAAUCAAAAACAAUUCGGUUCUGAAAGUGCAAACGUUUUAGAGGAAGAUUAGCUCACAAUGCGUAUUAUGCAUUGUCGUACUAGCUUAUCAUUUACGUAUUAAGAGUUAUUGUUGGGAAACGGAAGGAGGAGCUAACAAGAUUUUCGAUAUUUGUUUCGUUUGAUUCCGAAACCAUCACUUUUUAAAACAUAUAUGCAACUAUGACUGUAGGUUCUUGUUCUAGGGAAGAUGGUUCUAGGUGUAAAAAAAAAAGAUGAGAUCCCGGUCCGGUCGCGCGCCCGUUCCAGUAUCGUCGUCUUGAGAGAAACUGACGUGCCUAUAAAACGUGUGAAGCAAUAAGAUGCCUGGGAAUUCCCUCGUGUGUCGGUCAAAAUUGUGUGUUCCUUUUCAAUGCCUUUGAAUUACCUGUAAAUGUGCUCGUCAAAUGAUUCUUUCUGCAUACCCUGUCCAAAUGUUUUUGACAAGCCACUCGCAAACCGAAUACGAAGCAGGAGAUAUAUCAUUUGAAAAUGUCUUGGUGACCCGUCCCCCUGUAUGGCCAUGAUUACUAGCCUUAAAACUGGAUUUUUCUUGCGCUUCUCGCUCGUUCUCCAUUAUUAUGAAAUUUUUUUUUAUGCAGACAGUUAACUUUGCACCACCACUCUUGGCUUUCACGGACCUCGAGUAAUUUAAACGGUCCAAAUUGUGUGUAACACAUAUGCCUUGAAGAAAUGUCUUAAAUUUCAGUGCCUUCAUUUAUGAUUUGACGUUAUCUGGUAGCUCGGAUUUAUCGUUUUGUUUUAACAAGGUGAAGUUGAGGGGGUUACAGGAAACGUUAUUAACUAUGUAUAACUUCAUUGUAUUGGUGACGGGCGAACUUUUCGAUUUAUUUGAUACAUGCUAGUUUCCCCAAGGCCUUUUAAGUGUCAAUUAGAAUAGUGUCGUACUAGAAUUAUUACAAUUAGAAACUGUUAAAAUGUUGCUCCGAAUGGCCUUAUGCGAUUUAUUUCUCUCUUGUCUGUUGACUUUUGUCCAUGAAUACAUCUUUCUACAAGUG